AUGGCCUACACCGACGAUGCAGUCAAGGCAAAGUUAUCAGCCCUCAAUGAGACUCAGGAAUCCAUCGUCACAGUCGCCCAAUGGGUCAUGUUUCACAGGAGACAUGCAGAUCGCACGGCUCAGCUCUGGCUACAGAAACUUCGCGAUUCAAAUGGUCCCAAGCGGCUGAAUCUGAUAUAUCUGGCGAAUGAGGUCGCGCAACAGUCUAAAGCACGACGCAAGGAGGAUUUCCUCAUUGCCUUCUCUCCAAUUAUCGCCGAUGCAACCGCAACCGCCUACAAAGGAGCCUCCAGUGACGUGCAACAAAAGCUAAGGCGUGUGGUUGAGGUUUGGCGACAACGGCACAUUUUCGAGGAGCCUAUCCAACUGGCGGUAGAGGCUCGAGUUGAUGAAGUGGACAAAUCCAGGUCAUCCAGCAAAAAGCCAUUGCUAGGUGGCUCCCUCUUUGCUAGCUCGCCCGGGUCAAUUCCACCAGAGCUACAGCCACUAGCUCCACUUCAAAUUGCCGUCUCUAAAGCCACAGUAUCUUCAUCUGCGGCUGUCACGGCUGCAAACGCCGAAUAUGAUAAAAUGCACGAUCCAUCCGCACAGAUCCCCACCCCACCCGUCCAUGCCGCGCGCUUAAGCCAGCUUCUAAAGUCAUUAGCGAAUGCAGAAAGCUCAGUUUCCGAAAUCAUUAAGUCACGCCAGAUUUUGAUACAGGGGCUGGAAAAGCUGCUGGAUGCAAACCGCGCGGCCCUACACAAGGAACAGGCGCAGGCCGAACAAUUAGCGGCACGGAAGAAUGAGACGGAGAGUAAGAAGCGGGACGUUGAAGAUGCGAUUAUGCGCGGCUUGUCCGUAGAGAAUUCGCCGGCACCGCAUGGGAAUGGCGGUGGGCAUGAAACCGGCAAUGCGGAAUCGACAGCACCCACACAGAUUGGCGAAGAGCCCGAACGUCCCGUCGUCGAAGCGCUAACACCACCUCCAGUCGAGACUCUCACGCCUGUCGGAUCCCCAACUCCCAAUCAACUUCAGCCAAGUAGCUAUGAACAUUGUCAGCCGGAUGCUGCUGAGCAACAGUCACAACAACAACAGCCAUUUUUAGCAGAAACAUCGCUCCCAGAGACUUCAGUGCCCAUGCAGAUGCCCAUGCCCAUCAGUCCGGAGUUGACGUCGACCCUCGCUGCGCUACAUGGCCAUGCUCAUGCUCAUGGUGGACCGCAACAACCAUCGACAUCGGAGAGUCCUGCGAACGGCUCGAGUGCGAAGAAACGGAAGGUUUCGCAUACGCAGCAGGAUGAGUAUAUGGGGUUUGCAGCUGGAGGGGAUGUUAUGGAGGAGUUGGAUGAUGAUGUUGCGGAGUUGUUGAGGCAGGAGGGGAGUAAAUAUUAG